AUGGAAAGUGAUAUCAAGAACAACAAACAGGAAGACAUAGUGGAGUUGCAAGAAAUCGAGUUCAAGCAUGCAACCAAAGAGAUACCCGAUUCGACUCAAGAGAGCGAGAAAAAGAACAACAUAGCUCACCAGGCUACUACCAUACCCACAAAUAAACAGCCAUCGAUAGAAGAGCGUAGCUCGCUCUUUACUAUUCUCUCUCUUCCGUUGUUCAAUGCUGUGGCAACUAUCAUCUUCAUCGCUAUUACCAUUUUGGCAUUCUCAACGGCAUACGGCAUGCCUGUUGAAGCUCAUAUUGCCGGCAUGUCAUAUCCCUCCUUUAUCGGCUUGAUGAUGGCUCUGAUUUUACUGCUACUUGGUGAUGGUAUCGGAUACGCACUAUCAGAGUAUAAAUGGAUCCGAUUUGAGCGAAAGAAUACCCCUUUAAGUUUGCUUGAAGCAUAUGAUGCCUGUUCCAAUGGUCUAGGAGGUGUUUUUCGAUCCGUUUAUGCAUUUCGACUUGAUUAUGUGCUUGUUAUUGCCGUCCUAUUUCAUUUUGGUAUCCUUGCAACUGCCCCCCUUGCACAGCGAGUUCUCUUGCAGAAUGCCAGCAACGAUUUCGUCAAUUGCAUGAAGGCUGAUAGCUCCCUUUCUGCCCAAAUCACCAACAUUUCAAGACAAGACUUUACCACUUACAACCCCGAUACCCGUGAUCCUCGCAGCAUCAAGACCUAUAUCGAUCACUCAUUGAUUACACGAGCAUUCAGGCUUGGAUUUACCGGAUAUCUUUUCUAUUAUGAUGAGCAGAACAACACGUUGGGAUGGGAUCCCCACUUGAAAUUACCUUGUCCUGGAGAAGCACUAUCAUGCAACUACACCACCACCGUGACAAUGCCAUAUCUAAAGCCUGUAUGCCAAAAAGGAAUCUUCAACACAACGGUAGUCGACACCAUCUUUGGCAACACUACAAAGCUCCUUGACCUCUUUUUCGAACCAAACGAUCUGUAUGAAGGGGGAAUGAAACUCGUUAGCGAGUACCAAAAGUAUCAGGCCUUCUUUUAUCACAGCUCAAUGGAAAACUCGACCUUUUAUUAUUUGAACAACCUUACACAACCAUACCCAGAGUCAGCAAGGAGAGUUGUUCAGCCAAGAUUUGUAGCCUUGAUGAAAAACGAGAGCUUCAACGAUCACGGCACGUGGUACGCGGAGAACUUGUUAUACGCAGCACGCAUCCACGAUUGCACCUUCCAACCCAUGAUCAAUGUAACCGAGUAUGCGAUGGAGGAUCAAAAGCUGACACGUCGACGUGUGAUAUCAUCCACCCCUGUGGAGAUGGAUUAUGACGCCUUGAAUGAUCCAGCCUAUUGGCAGCGAUAUGGAGAGGAAGGCACUGAUUACACCAUGGCCAAUAUGUAUGCGAUGCAGCUCAGCGUGCUCAAGAACAUGAUUAUUGACAUCGACAUUGCGUUUCCACCCUAUCAGAACGAUAAGAUAUUUUAUCAAUUUGAUACCUUUUUGUACAAGAUGGCUGAUACCGUUGCCGAGAAUAUAGCCAUGUUGCCUCCUCCUUUACAUCAAGGUGACCCCAUUGAAGGAGAUACGGUGUGUAUGCGACCUUAUAUGCAAUUUCGACCCGAUCCAGCAUCCUAUCUUCCGCUGAUGCUGUGUUUGCUCAUCCCUCUCCUUUGGUGGUUGAUUACUUGGCUGUGGAGCUUAAAGCAAGCAGGCUGGAUCUCACGUGGCAAUUCGCAAAUUGCCUUGGUGUUGCAUGAUCUCACAUCCACCAUUCGUCGUCGUCUUGGUGACUUGUCGUACAUGGAUCAAUUCAGCAUGAUGAUUGCUGCCCGUAGCGUUCGAACCAAGUUGGGUGAACCUAAAUCAGAUCAUGUCAGCAGUGAUCCAUUGGUCUUUGGACAUAGAAAUGAUGUUGACCCAAGGUCUCUUUUGCGAGGAAGACGUAAAUCCAUUUAA